AGUAACAUUAUAUAGCAGUAUAUCAAUAAUGGAGAGAAUGAGUGGGAGUGUGAAGACUAAGUUUUCUUUGGUUGUAGUGAUUGUGACUUUGUUUGGGGUGUGCUUUGUUGGGUGCAGAUCCCAACUGACCACAGAUUUCUACAGCUCAACCUGUCCAAACCUCACCACAAUCGUCAGAAAACAGGUCCUCAGUGCUGUCAAGAAUGAAAUGAGAAUGGCUGCUUCUUUGAUUAGGCUCCACUUUCAUGAUUGCUUCGUCAAUGGGUGUGAUGCAUCGGUUUUGCUGGAUGGAGAUGAUAGUGAGAAAGAAGGGGCUGGAAAUAAGAACUCAGCAAGAGGGUUCGAUGUGGUUGACACAAUCAAAAGCGCUGUGGAGAGUGAAUGUGCUGGAGUUGUCUCUUGUGCUGAUAUUCUUGCUAUUGCUGCCAAAGAUUCUGUCGUUUUAAGUGGAGGACGUCCAUGGAAGGUUUUGCUGGGAAGAAGAGAUGGACUAGUCCCAAACAAAACAGGAGCAGAUAAUCUUCCUGCUCCAUUUGAAUCACUCUCUGCAAUUGCUACCAAGUUUGCCAAUCUAGGCCUUGACAUGACUGACGUUGUAUCUUUAUCAGGGGCUCAUACGAUUGGAUUGGCAAGGUGUGCAACAUUCAACAACAGACUGUUCGACUUCAACGAAACAGGGUCACCAGACCAAACAUUGGAGACGAACAUGUUGAGUGACCUGCAAACCCUAUGUCCCUCCAGCGGUGGAGAUGGGAACAAGACCACUGCCCUCGAUCGAAACUCCACCGACCUAUUCGACAACCACUACUUCAAGAACUUGGUCGCCGGAAAGGGCCUGCUCAGCUCCGACCAGAUUCUGUUCACCGGCGAUGCUGCGGCUAACGCCACCAAGAGUUUGGUGGAGAGCUACAGCAAUAACCAGACUCUUUUCUUGGUUGACUUUGUCAAAUCCAUGAUCAAGAUGGGUAAUAUCAGUCCUCCUAAUGGAUCUGCCAGUGAGAUUAGGAAGAAUUGUAGAGUUGUCAAUUCAUAAUCAUGAAUAUUAUAUGAGAAUGAAUAUGCAUGCAUGCAUAUGAAUUUUCUUGCUUAUUAUUAAGUAAUAAUGUGUUACAAACCCUUAUAGUGAUGUACUAUG